CCGUAAUUUUUUCAUAUGUCUUUUAAAUAUUUUAAAUUAUUAAUUACGAUGUCUUAUAAUACUUUUUACGUAAUUCACGUAAAUUUUAUUUUGAAAAAUUAAAGAUUUUUUUAAAUUCCAACAUUUUAGGCGAUAAGUUUAGAGGAAUUGCGGAUGUUUAAUUUAAGAUCAAAAAUUUAAAAAUCCCCCUUUAUUUUUAAUCUCCUUGUCUAGUCAAUCGACACUUAAAUUGCCAUGGAGGGAGUACAUAUGUUGAAUUAUGUUUACUUUUUCAUAGUUUGAACCAAAUUUACUAUAAUUGUGUCUGUUUGUGAAUUAGAUGAUGAUAAUUGUGUGAAGGAUUUGAUUUGAAAGAGGUUGUAAAAAUGAGCAGCGAAAGGCAGGCAGUGAGUGUUGGAGACCUGGUUGAGGAAGCUAAAAAACGAGUUGUUUUGUUGAUCAUAUGCGCUAUUGGCCUCUCCUAUCUCAUGUCUCUGACGAGCUCCUCAGUUUUUGUAAACUUGCCUGCUGCUGCUCUCUUAAUUGUUUCCCUUCGUUAUCUGUCUCUUGAUUUUGAUGCGCGGAUGAAAGCUGUAACAUAUAAAGGCAAGUCAUCCGUAUUGAAAAGCAAUUUUCAGAGGAAACAUAUUGAUGCUCCCAAAACAGUGAAUGAGAAGUCCACGUGGAGGAAGAAAGUAAAUUCACCUGCUGUAGAAGAAGCAAUAGAUCACUUCACCAGACAUAUGGUUUCUGAGUGGGUCACAGAUCUCUGGUACUCCCGCAUAACUUCUGAUACACAGGGUCCUGAGGAACUUGUGCAGAUCAUGAAUGGUGUACUAGGGGAAAUCUCACGUCGCAUGAGAACUAUUAAUCUUAUAGAUCUUAUCACAAGGGAUAUUAUCAAUCUAAUACGUACUCACUUGGAGCUGUUUCGUGCAAGCAAAAUGAGGAUUCAAAAGAAAUGGCCAAGAUCCUUGACAAUUGAAGAGCUAGAUGUGGAACUUAAACUGGUGUUGGCUGCAGACGACAAAUUACAUCCUGCUUUAUUUUCUGCAGAGGCUGAGCACAAGGUUCUCCAGCAUCUCAUGGAUGGUCUCAUUUCAUACACUUUUCAGACAGAGGAUGUGCAGUGCUCUUUAUUCCGCAACAUUGUUAGGGAGCUUCUUGCUUGUGUUGUAGUGCGACCAGUGUUAAAUUUAGCUAACCCGAGGUUCAUUAACGAGAGGAUCGAGUCUCUAGUUGUUUCUGCAAAGAAGGGUGAUGAAGAUAUCACAGCAGUAGAAACAGAACCACAGUCCAGAACAGUUGGAUCUGGUAAAAUAUCAGCAGAUCAUUUUUCUCGGGUUUUAGAUCCUUCUGCUAAGGGUGUAGAACUUGUACAAUUAAAAAAUGACCAACCUAAUGAUACUAAGGAGCAUGCCAUGCACAGUAGGAGUGGAACAGAUUUGUUAAAGGACCCUUUGCUUUCGUUUGAUACUCGGUCUACUCGUUCUUGGAGUUCUUUGCCAUCACAAACCGAUGCAGAUGAUGGAAGAGGUAUUCAGAGAAACCACUAUGGAGGAGAGUGGGGUGAAAUGCUAGAUUUGAUUUCUCGUAGAAAGACUGAAGCCCUGGCCCCUGAAAAUUUAGACAAUAUAUGGACAAAAGGCAGAAACUAUAAACGGAAAGAAGAGGCCAAUCGAGCAUCUGAUAGACUCAAAAAAAGUUCAUUGGUAAGUGCACCAAAAUCGCUGGGACACUCAAAGGAAGCUCAACAAAAAGAGAGUGAGAGACAAAACAGGGUUGGAGCUAAGCAUUAUGUGAAGGACAAUACUCCCACGCCAGGUGAUUUGAACAGACCAAGUUAUUUGGCAGAUUACUUGUAUCAAGAGGAAAAUGAACAUAAGUCAGAUGAGGUUGAAUCAGAGAGCAGUAAUUCUUACACUACUGAAGAUGAAGAAUCCAGCAGUGUGACGGGUCUUGACUCUCCUGGCACUCAAGUGUGGGGGGUUAAAAAUAUAAGGAACGUCAAUCACAUUCAUCAUCCACUUGAAAAUAAUGAAGGCCAUAAGAGAAGUAAAGGAAAAGCUAGUAAAGCACAUGUCCGCUCUAAACACUUAAAUAGAGUACUGUCUGGGCGGAAAAGGUCUAGAUUAAGCAACCAAACGGAGGAUGUGUGGCAAGAGAUACAAAGAACCAGCUUCUUACUGGGGGAUGGACAAGAUAUAUUAAAUUCCAAAGAAAAUGUGAAACCGGAUGGUUUAAGUGAUGACUCUGAGACAGAAAUAUUCAGUAAUAUUUCCAAUGACAUGACUGCAUCAUCAUCUGUCUUGUCAAGAAGCUUUUUGGGGAAUCAAAAUAUGGGUCCUUAUUCUGCAAAAGGUUCUAUAAUUGCUGAUUCUUUUUUGAAAUUAAGAAGUGAGGUCCUGAAUGCCAAUAUUGUAAGAUGUGGCUCCAAAACUUUUGCUGUUUAUUCCAUAUCUGUUACAGACAUGAACAAUAAUAGUUGGUCUAUCAAAAGAAGAUUUCGACAUUUUGAGGAGCUACACUGGCGUCUUAAGGUGUUUCCAGAGUACAAUCUUCAUUUACCGCCCAAGCAUUACCUCUCUUCAAGUCUGGAUGUUCCUGUAAUUCGAGAACGGUGCAGAUCACUUGACACAUAUCUGGAGAAACUUCUGCUGCUCCCAACCGUUUCCAACUCCAUUGAAGUAUGGGACUUCCUCAGUGUGGAUUCACAGACAUAUAGCUUCUCAAACUCCUUGUCCAUAAUUGAAACAUUACUCGUUGACCUGGAUGGCACAGUACGCCAUACGAGUAAAGAACCUCCGCGCAGUAUAAGCCCUCAAACUGAUCCAACUUCAAGGAUGGAGCAAGUUCAUGCAGAACGUGAAUCAAUAUUCAGGAAAGAUUAUGUCGCACUCUCUCCUCCAAAAAGACCUCUCAAAGAAACUUUUGAGGAUUCAACUAGUGGCAACAAGGUGCAUACAAAUAGAAAAUCAACCCCAAACAUGCAGACGACAUCAAAUUCAGUUGAAACUAACUCACAUGCAUCACCUGAAUCUCUCGUUGCUGCUCCUAUUGAUCCCACCUUUCCCAGUGAGUGGGUGCCACCAAAUUUAAGUGUUCCUAUAUUAGAUCUUGUCGAUGUCAUUUUUCAGCUCCAAGAUGGUGGAUGGAUCAGGAGGAAAGCAUUCUGGGUGGCUAAACAGGUUUUACAAUUGGGAAUGGGUGAUGCAUUUGAUGAUUGGGUGAUUGAGAAAAUCCAGCGUCUGCGCAGGGGUUCGGUAGUUGCUGCAGGUAUCCAACGUGUUGAGCAGAUUCUCUGGCCGGAGGGUAUAUUCAUCACAAAGCGCCCAGCACGUCAACGUCCUGCACCCUCUCCAUCCCCUAAUUCUCCUCAGGGCCAACCUCCCACUCCAUUAUCUUCACCUAGGCUGGAGGAUUCACAGAAGCUGGAUGACAUGCAGCAGCAGGAACCAGAGCGACGUGCAAAACUUGUCUAUGAGCUAAUGAUUGAUAAGGCACCAGCUGCUGUUGUAGGACUUGUUGGUCACAAGGAAUAUGAACAAUGUGCAAAGGAUCUUUAUUACUUCAUCCAGUCAUCUGUGUGUAUGAAGCAGUUAGUCCUUGAUCUUCUUGAACUGCUACUGUUGUCCGCGUUCCCGGAGCUGACUUCUGUAUUUAACGCACUGCAUGAGGAGAAGGGGAAGUUUGGAAAACUCAAAAUAGAUUAGGUGGACCGAUUUCCCAAAAGUUGGUUAUACAAUUUUAAAGAAAAUUGUCAACAUGGUUUUGAUUCUUUUUUGGUUAAUCAGUGUAAAGGUUUUGUAUUGUUAAUCAGUGUAAAUGUUUUGUUCAAGGAUUGUACCACGGACUUGUGUGUAAGAUUCUUCUUUCUCCUUUCUUUGGAAUAUGUUCAUUUUGUCAAA